AUGAGUGACGACAAUAAAGAGAUUGUUGUUAUUGGUCAUCAUAAUCCAGAUACAGAUGCAAUUACAGCAGCAUUAGUUUAUGCUGACUUUCUUCGUCGAAUGAAUCUUAAUGCUAAAGCUUAUCGUCUUGGUGAUCUCAAUAAUGAAACUAAAUUUGUAUUGAAAACAAUCGGUAUUGAAGAACCUGAAAUGUUACCAGAUAAUAUGCCCGAAGGUACACAAGUGGCAUUGGUCGAUCAUAAUGAAAGUCAACAAUCAAUGAAAAAUUUGAAAAAAAUGAAUGUUACUCAUGUUGUUGAUCAUCAUAAAUUAGGCGAUCUAACAACUUCUGAACCUGUCUAUUUGCGCUUUGAACCUGUUGGAUGUACUGGUACAAUUUUAACAAAACUAUUUCAUGAACACAAUUUAGAUAUUGAUCAAACAACAGCUUUUCUACUCAUAAGUGGUAUUCUCAGUGAUACACUCCACUUUCGAUCACCAACAACUACUGAUGAUGAUAGAAAAAUUGUCGAAUAUUUAUAUCCACUUACGAAAAUUGACAAUCUGGAAUCCUAUGUUAAGAAAUUGUUUGAAGCCAAAAGUACUGGGGAAACAUGUAAUGUGGAUACAAUGUUAGAACGAAAGGAUGAGUUUCUUCAUGAAAUGAAUGAAGAAAAGAAGAGGAGCAAUUUAGCGGGUAUUUUAUUUUCAAUUGUUGAUAUUCUUAAACAAAAGAAUUUGACAUUAAUACCUGGCGAACAUGAAGAACAAGUAGUUCGAGCAGCAUUCAAAGUCGACGUUAAUGAUUGUAUAGCUGACUUGGGUUCAAGAAUAAGUCGAAAGAAAGAAAUUAUUCCAGUACUUGAAGCAUAUUUUAAUUCAAAUUCGUAA